AUGCCAGGAUUUAUCAUUACACUUGCUCAAACCAAUAUUGACUGGGACAUUCUGGUUUUGACUGAAUGUUGGCUUCCUAAUACACACAACAUCCCCGACCUACCCGGCUACAACUACUUUUUCACUACCAACAACCUUACACAGAAUGAAGGUGUGGUUGUUUACGUUCACAAAAACCUACAAUGUACGGUGGUGGAACCCCCAUUUUUAGAUGCAAACUGUCUCCAAGUAACAAUUAAUAAUAACACUAGUUUACUUGCCCUAUAUCGACCUCCAGGAUAUAGAGACGCUACCAACUUCUUGGCCUCUCUAAACGACAUAUUGACUAAGAUUGAUCAUUUUAGCGAUAUAGUUGUUGCAGGAGACAUUAACAUUAAUAUUCACGAGCAAUGCCAGGACCUAGUUAAACAUAAUUAUCUGAACUUAUUGGCAUCACAUGGCUUACUACCUGCGCACUCGCUACCCACCCGACAAAAUGCUUGCCUUGAUCACAUUAUAUUGAAAACACGUAAACCUGCUACAACUCUAGUCGCUAACUCAUCUCUUACUGAUCACGACACUGUCUUACUAUAUCUAUCAACCAGAAUAUCAAAAAUCAAAACAAAAAAGUUUGUAAAUCGCAUCAAUUAUGAGCAAUUAGAUGCAGACUUCAAACAUCUAGACUUUAGUGAGGUAUACAAGAUGCUGGAUCCUAAUGAUGCAGCAGAGAUAUUGAUUAAUUUAAUUAAAAAUACUAUUGACUUGAACUCUAAAAUCGUCAAAAUUCCAAAUCGCAAACAAACUAUAAAGCCAUGGAUUACCCCAGGCUUACUUAGGUGUAUUAGGCACAGAGACAACCUACAUAAAAAAAGUAAAUUGGCCCCUAAUAAUGAUAUCAUAAAACUUACGUUCAAAAGAUAUAAAAACUAUUGCAACAAACUUUUAAAAACUAUUAAGAUGGACUACGAAAAGAAACAGGUUGAGAAAGCAGGCAAUGACACUAAGCAGGUGUGGUCAGUCAUAAAUAAUAUGACGGGCAGAUCCAAGGGUAAAGUGAAUGUUUCGACCCGGUUGUUGACUACCCUUACCUCACCAGAGGCCUCUAUAAACUUCGUAAAUGACUAUUUCUCAAACAUCGGCAAACACCUAGCGGAAAAAAAUAUGACUGCUCAGAGCGGACCCGCUAAGCCAAUUACUGCGAACAACAGUCCGCAUUCUAUGGUACUGUUGCCUGCUGAUGAGGGUGAGGUUGCUAGGAUCUUAAGGUCACUUCGUGAUGGCUGUUCCACUGGCUGGGAUGGAAUAUCGAGUGGAAUUUUGAAAAAACACGAACUAGCUGUGGUGUCACCUUUAACGUACAUUUGUAAUCUUGUACUCUCUACAGGAAAAUUCCCUAAGGCGUUUAAGAAAGCCAUCAUACACCCAAUCUUCAAGGGUGGCGACGGAAGCCGUGUCAACAACUAUAGACCGAUUGCUGUACUGCCAGUCCUUUCAAAAAUUAUUGAGCGGGUAAUGAAUAACCGACUCAUUACUUAUCUAGAAGGAAACCAGCUUCUCUCAUCUAUACAGUUUGGUUUUCGAGCUGGUAAAUCAACCUCAGACGCGGUACAUGAACUCACCGACUAUAUAGUCACAGAAAUGGAUGGUGGACAAAAGGUUUUAGGCAUCUUUUUAGAUAUUGCCAAAGCAUUUGACACGGUUUCCGUACCCAACCUUAUGUCAAAGAUGGAAAGCCUAGGAAUCAGAGGUGUACCACUGGAUCUCUUUAAAGAUUAUUUAAGUGAGCGUACACAGAGAGUUAGGAUAGGCGAUUAUCUCAGUGAUGAGCGUGUACUCACAUAUGGCACGCCCCAGGGGAGUGUAAUUGACCCUACACUCUUCCUUAUCUAUGUCAAUGAUAUAGGUAUGCUCACUCUACCUAAAGGCAGGGCGGUAAUGUUUGCUGACGACACUGCUCUUGUGUUUAGUGGUAAUACGUGGAGUGAAGUCUACGAGCGUGCUCAAUCGGGGUUCAAUAUUGUAUCUAAAUGGCUAAGAAGUAACCUAUUGACCCUGAAUAAUGAUAAAACACACUACAUCACAUUCUCUCUGAAAGGCAAUCCUUCAACCUCAAAAGCCUCACCUUAUACAAUACUGGCCCACACGUGUCCUGAACCGCACAGAGGUCAGUGCCCUUGCACUCCUUUACAUAAAGCACAUUCCGUCAAAUACUUGGGUGUGAUCAUAGAUAAAAAUUUAGGAUUUCAUGAACACAUAGACGCCCUCAACAGUAGGUUACGUAAAUUAAUGUAUAUUUUUAAAACGAUUAGAUGCGUCUUAGACACUCAACGACUAAAAGCGGUUUACUUUGCCCUUGUUCAGUCAGUUCUCACCUAUUGUAUCACCAUAUGGGGUGGAGCGCCGAAAAUUAGAUUAAUUGACCUUGAGAGAACGCAAAGGGCUAUCUUGAAGGUGGCACUUUGUAAGCCAUAUCGCUUUCCUACUGCAUUGCUGUACAGGGAGACUGAAGUUUUGACGGUGCGUCAGCUGUUCAUUUUGUAUACUCUGCUGAAACAGCAUUCUUUACUAGUCUAUAACCAAACUCCUUCCAGUGUCAAAAGAAGAUUCAAUCCUGUACAACGUCUUAAGCUUUUAACAAAACAUUCCAAACGGUUCUUUUGCCACAUGGGCGGCUUCCUGUACAAUAAGGUCAACAGAGUUGUACCGAUAUUCCACCUCACAAAGGCCAUGAGUAAGCGAACGCUUACUAAUUAUUUGAAGGGGUUAAACUAUGACGAUACUGAAGCGAUGCUUUCGGUAAUAGUUUAG